AUGUUUGGUGCCGCGAACAACAACACCAACACCAACGCAGGUGGUGGACUCUUUGGUGGCGGAUUGAAUCAAAAUCAAGGAGGAGGAGGUUUGUUCGGCUCAAACAAUAACAACAAUAACAACAACACCAACGCUCCCGGGAUGUUUGGACAACAACAGCAAAGUGCUGCUCUCGGUGGUGGUGGUGGUGGAGGACAAGGGUUGUUCGGAAACGCCGGGAAUAAUAGUACUCCUUUUGGAACGAAUUCGAAUCAAAAUCAAGGAGGAGGAGGAGGUUUGGGCGGUGCGUUCGGAGGAAACAAUCCAACGCAGACAUCGACAUCGAGUGGAUUAUUCGGGAAUACGAACAACAAUACUCCUCAGCAACAACAAGGAGGAGGAGGAGGAGGGUUGUUUGGGAACACCAACACCGCGGGUUUCGGGCAACAACAACAACAACAACAACCGGCCCCGGGUGGGAUUUUUGGGAACGCGAAUACGAGCGCUGCUACUACUCAGGGAGGACAAGGAGGAGGAGGAUUGUUCGGGAGACCUCCAACGAGUGGUGGUGGAGGGUUGUUCGGAGGAGGAGGUGCUGCAGGUGGAUCGAGUUUGUUCGGAAAACCGGCUGGUACGGCGAGCACGAUAGGCGCAGGAGGAGGACUUUUUGGCGGAGGAGGAGGAGGAGGAGGAGGAGGAGGAUUCGGCAACGCGAAUACUGCGAGCGGUAAUCAACCAAACCAAAGCAGUGGCGGUAGUCUCUUCAGCGGAGGAUUAGGACAACAACAACAACAACAAACGAACACGACGCCUUCGUUGUUCGGUAAUCGACCGUCGCCUCUCGGCGCGACGCAACCGCAAAAUCAUCAAGGACUCACGCAGUUUCAGCAACAACAAAAUGCCUUCUUUAACGUUCCGGAAUCAAUCACGACGCAAGCGCAAGGCGGUCCGACGUUAUUCGGCGGCAACUUAGCGCCGUCGGAAGCGCUGCUCAGGGCGCGACAACAAAGACACUUAGCCAGUCAACCGCCGGCGAGCGGGACCACUUUAGAACCGGUCAAAGAGUUACACGACGUCAUGAACGCGUAUAACCCGCAACAUCCGGAGUACAGAUUCAAAGCUUUCUUUUACAACAUCGCGCAAGAUCCUCGACAGAAAGUGAAAAUUCAAAACAUCGACGAACGGACGUGGCACGAGUUGCUCGAUAAAGUCGGCGGCGAAGAAAACGAGAAUGGAUUGUGGCCGUGUCGAGUAGACGGUUUCGACGGUUUGUAUCAGCGAGAACAAGCUCAGGAAGAGGAAUUGAAAUCGCAAGAGGCGUUCGUCAACGCGUACAACCAGUGCAUACGCCAAAUCAACAGCUGGAAAGAAGGCUCGUACGAAGUGAGGCGAACGCAGUGCGAACGCCGACGCGAAGAACACGCGCACAGAGUGUUGAAAGUCAUGCGAAAACUGGAAUCGUUCAGAGCGGCGUAUCACAGAAGAGUGAACCCGCAACUGAGCAUGAGAAGAGGUGGCGGUACUGCGUACAAUCGAGGCGCGGUGAAUGGUGGAUCCACGUUCGCGUCGAAAGAGGAGCGAGAGUUGUUCGAAGUUUUGCAAAAUCUGAAGAGAGCGUUGGACGGUUCCGGGAAGGAAAGUUUGAGUCGACAGGCGCAACAGUUGACCACCACCGCGAGAGUGAAAACGCAAGAGUUAUCGAGGCAAUUAGCGACGUCACCUUUACGAGGUGGAGGAGGUAGUUUAUUCGCGGGCACUACUACCGCGAACAACGGUGGAUACGAGAUCAACCACCAAAGGACGACGACAUCUCCUCCUUCUUCCUCCGGACAACAACAAACGAAGAACAAGAAAAAAUCCAACAAACCAGUCCUCCUCCAACCGUACGACCGCGAGCGCGCUGAAGUCACCAAGACUGACUUGGACGACCUCUCCUCGCACAAAGACGUCGUCGACCACCUCGCUGGAAACAUCAAAUCCAUGAGAGAAGAUUUAACCCGAAUGUGUUUAGCGUACGGUUUGCAACCGGUCAUUUCUGCGACGACGGUGGAUCCUCUCUCGUUUCAGCCGCAGCAGCAAUAUCAACAACAACAACAACAACAACAACAAAACCCCGCUGCUUUAGCCGCGCAUCAGUACGGAACGACGACGACGCCCACUCGGUCCACAUUUUUUUAA